AUGAAGCCUUACCAGCAGCUCGAUCCCAUCGUCCUCUCCCGCCAAACUCAGGUGACGGCAAUCGCAUUGUCUUCUUCCGGCAGUAAUCUCGCAAUUGGCACCGCCGAUGGUACCGUGGAGUUUUGGGCCAUAGGCGGACGUCGCCUUGGACAAGUUGAUUUGGAAGAGCGAAUUACCGCGUUGCAAUGGGCAACGACAAACCCAUCUCAACUCUUCAUCGGCCUUGCUUCCGGGCUCGUUUUGUUUCUCGAGGAUAUACACGGUCAAACCCGACGUGUAGCAACUGGCGUCAGUGGUGCCCCUGUGGAAUGUCUCGCCCAGGGCAAAGCGAUGGACUGUCUAGGGAUUGCAGUGGGACCUGAGAUCCAUGUCGCUCGACCUAUCAAUCGACGUGAUUAUGCAACCACCAACAUCUUGCCCGCGCCAGCUGGCUCCGGGGAAGGUACCACCGACAAGACCGUUCAAGGCAGAGGCCUUCACUUUGUCCAAGAGGAUGACCAGUUGAUCGUCACUUACCUGCACCAUGGCAUACGUUGCUGGGAUAUAUCGACCGGAGUUGAGCUCUGGCAACUUCCUCCAUCGCGCCUCACUGGGCUAAUCGGGUUCUCUGAUAUUUCCUCCGACAACCGUUACCUUGCGCUCUCCAACAUGGCCACAGGGGUCGACUUAUACUCUCUCGACUCGCUGACUCUAUCGAGGCACUUCCCGAUGCACAUGGUCCCCGAGAAGAACAAAGUCAUGAUGGUCAAGUUCCUGCGAAACGAUGGAUAUCUUUCAUGUGGUGCGCACGAAGGAGGUGUAUGGAUCUGGAACGCUGCGUCUGGGCAGCCUGCUCAGAUUCUUGCUGCGAAAGACGUGCCUGUACAAUUGAUGGCUGUAUCUGUAUAUCUUGAAGAUGAAUUCGUAGCAACUGUUUCCAACACCCUCGAACCACGCGUCGAUAUCUGGCGAGUUAAACUCGAGACUCCUCUCUCGAAGAAGCUGAGGAUUCGUUUUCAACGGGCCAAGGCGUUCAUCCGCAUCGUUUCCAGCUCCCAUUUCUCUUCCUUGUUGUUUGUGAUGCUUGUUAUCGUUAUCUAUUGUGUAACUCUCUGGAAGAUGUCGCCAGAAGAUAUUCGUGGAUGGGCUUCCCUUACUCAUACCCGGCUCGGUACGACCUUCCGAACCCUCUCGAACUCUGUCUCUGAAGGGUACCGUGCUCUUUCAAUGACUAUGAGGAUUGCUAUCCUCCAGUGGCUCGGUGUUCCCCCUGAAUAUAUCACUCUGCCCCCGCCAAACUUUGUGCGACUCGACAGUCAUAUCACUAGGCCCGGGGUAGUAGACGCCGGUGCUGAAACGAUGAACAAUAUCAUUACGCAAUUCCAAUCUGCAGGGACUGCAUCUACCCUAGUACCUAUUCUCCCUCUACAGUCGACCUGUCCUGCUUAA